AUGCUUGAACUUGGCAGAGAUACUCCCAACAUCUUUGGAGCCAAGUUCAGAGCGCGGUGCCUCUGUCGCGUGUGGGAGCUCCAGCCUGCUGAGCAUUUGUACAGGUACGGCCUGGACCACCAGAGGGAAGGCAUGAACCAGCUGGGCUGCCCAAAACGCUUCCUCACAACCCAUCUCAAGGAGGUGCUGGGGCUGGGUGCAGAGGUGCUGCCCCUUCUUCCCCCCCCAACCAAGGCCGCGCUCAUCAUCGCAGCUCGCCAGGCUGGGCUGCUGAGCGAAAGCGUCCUGGCACAGCUCGUCGACGAGGGCCAUGUGCGCCUGACGCUGCGCGGCUGCUCCUCGCUGGACCCGGCCUCCCUCUGUGCUGCCCUGCAGAAGGCAGCGCGCCUGCAGGCCCUCGACCUGGGCGGCUGCCACCUGGCUGCCAGCGUGCUCAAGACACUGGGGGCCUCCUGCCCUUUGCUGGAGGAGCUGCGCCUGGGGAGCGGCGAGGUGUCGGAGGCGGGGCUGCGCGCCCUGAAGGCUGUGAUGCCGGUGCUGGAGGCGGGGUCAGAGCCCGCCAGCGACAGCUGGGAGGGUCUGGAAGGAGCGGCCACGAUGCGGCCGGGCCGCCUGAUGAGCCUGCGAGCCCUGCACUGGGCCGCCAUGCCGGCCGCUAUCCUGGUGUGGAUGCAGCGCACCUGCCCCAAGGUGUCCCUGGUGCGGGAUGCCGCCUUGGAGGAGAGGCCUGAGCCCAGUCUCAGUGUCUGGGAGCUGGAGGAUACACGAUGGCUGCCCCCCAACUGCGUCCAAUCCAUGGAGCGAGCCCGGUCCGCUCCCCCACCAGAAGAAGUGGUGGUACACAUUGCGGAGAAAUUCAGGCUGGCCUGGGAGUCCCGAGAGACGCGCUUGCGAGAAAUAGCCGAAAAGCAGUCCAAGAAUGAGGCCAGGCGCAAGAUGCGCAUGAUUUCAGCAGCAGAAAGAGCCAUCUACACCUGGGAGGACUCGUUGUGA